GGUAGACACACAGUUACCUGACACAGAAAAGCCUUCUCCGUUGAUCGUCAGCUACUGAAUACUUGUUCAGAGCAGCAGCCGUCCGACCGGGAGUCAUGUCCUUCUGUGAAUACAGCACUGACAAGGAGCUCCGGAUUAGGAGUGUACCACUGGGCACGCUGAAAUGGGUGAUCUCUGCAGGAGUCUUCAUGUACAUGUGUGUUAUAUUGUUUACUGAAAAACGCUAUCAGAAAAAGGAAACUGUUAUCAGUUCAGUGCACACAAAGGUGAAAGGAGUUUUGGAAGCUGAUUCUAGAAUCUGGGAUCCUGCCGAAUAUACUGUACCAUCACCAGAUGGUUCUUCAUUUUUUGUAGUAACUAAUAUUGUAAAAACAGAAAAUCAAAAACAAGGCAUCUGUGCAGAGUACCCUCAUCGGAAAACUAUUUGUUCUCAAGAUAAUAUCUGUAAGAAGGGUUAUGCUGAUACGUAUAGUAACGGAAUUCAGACUGGCAUCUGUGUAGCAUACAACUCAUCUCAUAAGACGUGUCAGGUUAGAGCAUGGUGCCCAGUGGAGUCCAAAAGAACUCCAGAACCUGCCAUUUUGGCAAGUGCAGAACAUUUCACCGUUUUGAUUAAGAAUACAAUCCACUUUGCUGCAUUUGGUUAUACAAGGAAGAACAUCCUCCCAGAAUACAAUGUAACCUGCAAGUAUAACAAAGUGAUAGCUCCUCGAUGCCCCAUAUUCAGACUUGGUGAUAUUGUAAAAGAAGCUGGGGAGACAUUUUCUCAAGUUGCAGUUCUGGGUGGCAUAAUGGGCAUUGAAAUCAACUGGAAUUGUGAUCUAGACCCUUGGGCUUUCAGUUGCCACCCAGAAUAUAGCUUCCGACGUUUGGAUGAUAAGGCUGUUGAUGAGAGUUUGUUUCCUGGCUUAAGUUUCAGAUUUGCAAAGUACUACAAGGCCGCAGAUCAGACAGAGCAGAGGACUCUAAUAAAGGCAUAUGGGAUACGAUUUGACAUUCAAGUCUAUGGCACAGGCGGACAGUUCAGAUUUUUAGAAUUGGUGAUAUUCAUUGGAUCCUAUCUAUCCUACUUUGGACUGGCUUCAGUAGUGAUUGAUCUCCUCAUAAGCCAAUAUUAUCAAUGUUGCUGCAGUCUGAACUCAGGACAGAAGUACUAUGAUGAGCAGAAGUAUAAAGAAAUAGAAGGCCCCAGUGUCUUCAAAUCAUGUCUGGAUCUCAAGUUUGUGUCCUUUGUGGAUCAAAAUGAUAUUAUCAUGGUGGAUACAAAGCUGAGUAAAAGUUUACAAGAAACAAAGGGUCAUCAAAUAAAGAGAGGAAAAUUUACUUCAAAUGAAAUCUUUAAAUGGAUGGAUGAUUCUGCAGCGAUUAGAAUUGAACAAUUACCUGUAACCACAAAAGGCUUGAGUACAGCCUCAGAAAUUCCUGCAUGGUGUCAAUGUUUGAAAUGCCACAAGGAAAACGUGUUUGAGAAUCAGCUCUGCUGCCGAUCAAAAAGAGGGGAGUGCAUUACAAACUCAGAUAUGUUUAAGAGACUGGUCCUGGACAGACAAGCACUGAUCUACAUUCUUCAGUACAAUGAUCCAUUAUUAAAAACACACUCUAUAGUUAGUGAAAAUCUUGUAAACUGUGCAGAGCAGCAAUAUAUACAGUGGCGUUUUGGGUCUAAUAAAGACAUAAUGGGAUUUUCAAAAGUCCCAAGCUGCUGUCAAUAUGAGAUUAGAAAUGUAUUCGACAGUAACAUUCAAGAAACUUUGUUAGAUGCAAAAGUACAAUCAUCAGAUGCUUCACAGAGACCCCUGCUAAAACAUCAUCAUUAGUGAUCAUUAUACUACCAGUAGCAACUUUGCUAAUGUACAGUAUUUUUUCUAUUGUGUCAUACAUCCUUUUACACAUUUAUCUGUAUGGUAAAUCUAGUGUGAUAGUAUUCAUGUUGUUUUAGCUCCAUCUAGUGGCCUUUUGUGCAAAUACACUUUAAUAGACCUAUGACUGCAUAGGAAUAACUAAAUAUGUUUAUAGGGCCUGUCAGUGUCCCU